GGAGAGGUAAGGUUGACUAAGAUGGAGCUGUGUUUUAAGGGCAAAAUCCUUAGAUAUUUCUUGUUUAAUCUUGUCCCAAUCAUUGAAAUAGGGAUGGUGAACUCACCAACAGUAAACUGUGAAUGUGAUAAUUUCAUAUUUCAGUUGUAUCAGUUAAUAGUUAAUAUAAAGCUGUAUAGUUAACUCUCUGAGUUAUCCAGGCUUAAUUGUCUAACUUGGUCUUUAGGAAAUAGCUUUUCUUUUCUUGAGGAAUACUAUUUAUAGCACAGUUCACAAUUUCUGGUACCUUCGAUUGAAAAACAAAACAAAACAAAACAGACUGGCUGUAUUUUUAAAUACUGACCAGUUUUAUCAUGAGGGUCAUACAGUACAACAACUACAUAAAAGAUGGUUAAUAAUAAGUGAUAAGUUAUAGAUCAUUAAUUUAAAAUGAUGAUAGAUUAUAAACAACAGAUAAUAAAUUAUAGAAUAUAGAAUAUAAAGGAUUAGAUAGUAGAUAAUAAAUUGAAGAAUUGAAGAGUAUCCAAGAAGAAAGAUGAACAUUAGCUAAUAUAUGAUAGAGGAGAGAUAUGGGAUAAAGGAAAAGAGAUCUGAUUAUAGACACAGAAUGUAUAAAGUGUAGAAGAGAGAGAAAAGGAUGAUGUAUGUAGAAGAUCUAGAGGAUAGAUGAUAAAUAGAUGGAGAUAGAGACACUGUAGGCAACAUAGAGAUGGGGCAUAGACACAGGUUAAAGAUAGAGAAUAGACAGAUAGAAGAUAGACAUAGGAUAACAAGAAGAUAGAUAAUAGAUAGAUAGAAGACAGACAAAAUAGCUACACUCUAGCUUCUAGAGGAUACAUGAUAGAUAAAUAGGAGAUAAACAAAGAAUAAGUAAAGGAAAGAGGAUAAUUAUACGAAACAGAGACACAGAGGAACUAGAUGUUAAGGAUAGAUGAAAGAGUGAAAAAGGUGGCCAGAGGAUAAAUGAUACAUGGAUUGUAAACAGACACAGGACAGCUAGAGGAUAGAUGGUAGAUACACGGCAAACAGACACAAGGUUUUUAGGAGACAGAUGAUACAUGAAAGACAGACACAGGAUAGCUAGAGGAUAGAUGAUAGAUAGAACACAGACACAGGGUAGCUAGAGGAUAAAUGAACCAUAGAUGGAAGAAAGGCACGGGAUAGCUAGAGGAUUGAUGAUAGGUGGAAUUCAUAUACAGGAGACUAUUGAAUUGUAGAUAGAUAGAUAGAUAGAUAGAUAGAUAGAUAGAUAGAUAGAUAGAUAUGCAGGCUAGCUAGCAGAUACAUGAACUAUGGAUGGCAUAGUGUCACACUAUAGUUGGAAGAAAGAUAUUGGAUAUAAGGAUGGAAUCCAGGCACAGAAUAGCCAGAGUAGAGUUGAUGGUUUACAGAGUCAGGGUAACUAGAGGAUAGGUAAUAUAUUAAUGUUAUAGACAUACAGGAUAGGGAGAGGAUAGAUGACGUAUAGGUGAUGGAAUACAGGCAUAGGAUAGGUAAAUGAUAGAUGAUAGAUGAUACAUAGCUGAAACAUACACACAGAAAAUUUGGAAGAUUGAUGAUAGAUAGGAGAUAAGCAGGGCAGCUAGAAGAUAGAUGGCACAUGGGUAAAAUAUAGACCUAAGGUUGCUAGAGGAUAGUUGGUAGAUCUAUGGAUACAAGAUAGCUAGAAGAUAAAGAAUAGAGAGAUCAGAGAUUCAGGGUAACUAGAUGAUAAGUGGUGCAUUGAUGGAAUAGAGAUAUCGGAUAGCUAGAGGAUAGAAUAUAGAUAGAUGGAAGAUAGGCAAAAUAUAUCCAGAGAGUAGUCGAUAGAAGACAUGCACAGGAAAUCUAGAUGAUUGAUGAUUGAUAGAUAGAUGAUAGAUAGAUAGAUAGAUAGAUAGAUAGAUAGAUAGAUAGAUAGAUAAACAGAUAUUUCUGUUAGUCAAAGGUAUCUAGGUAUAGCCUAGAGACUCAGAAUAGCUACAUGAUAGCUGAUAGGUAGUAUAAUAAAGACAAGAUAGCUAUAGAAUAGAUGGUAGAUGCAUCACAGUGAGAAGACAAAGGAUAGAUAGUAGACAGGAGAUCUACCACGUGGAUAGACACAGGAUAGCUGGAAUGUAGAUAAUUUGAAAGAUAGACACAGCAUAGUUAGGAUUUCUAGGGAAUAGAUGAUAGUUGGGUAGAAGGCAUAUAGCAGAUUGUUCGGAGGAUAGGCCAUAGACAUAUUGAUGAUAGACAGAGGUGUGUAGAAAGAUAGAUGACUGAUUGGUGGAAGAUAAUAGAGAUAAUGUAGACACAGGAGAACUAUUUGAUAAUUGACAGAUGAAAUUUAAACACAUGAUAGGUAGAGGGAAUAUGAUAGGGAGAGACACAGGCUAUCUAGAACAUAGAUGAUUCAUAGAUGAAACAAGGGCACAUGAUAGCUGGGGUAUAGAUGAUCCAUAAAUGGAAGAUAGACUCAGAAUAGCUGCAGUGUAGGAGAUCCUUUGAUGGGAGAUAGAAUCAAGAUAACAACAGGAUACAUGCAAACAAAGAUAUAAGAUGAUUAUCAGGCAUAGAGCAAGAUAGACAUAAGACGGCUACAGCAAGGAGAUGCUAUAGAUUGUACAAAGAUGUUUACUUAGUAAAAUAAUGGUCUUAUUUGGUUUUAGAAUCCACCUUUAACCGACUGAAAAAAAUGGAGAGGAAUACACAAAAAAUGAGGAGUGGUGCCUCUAAUCCAUGCCAGAGGAUAACCCAUGAAGAUCUUUGCAAUUUGCUGAAGAGACUUCAGAAACUGAUGAAUAGACUUGGAUAUGGAUCAUCUAGAAAGAGACCCAGAGAACAGCCUGCUAUUGCCUCUCUGUCUUCUCAAAGAGGAAUGCUCAAUGUACAAACAAAUUAUGAACAAAACACAGUUCCUGUUUUUAAUACCUAUGAAGAAUACCAUAAGACGGUUCUUCAGUCAUUUGAAAAUAUUUCAAUUGUACUGAACAUAGAAGGAAAAGUUGUUUUUGUAUCCCAGAAUGUGACACCUCUUCUUGGCUAUCUUCCAGAAGAUAUAAUUGGGACGAGCCUAUUAAAUCUUGUUCAUGAUGAACAAAAGGAUGACAUAUCUGAGAAGAUCAUUCUAAAUCUUCCAUUGGCAAAUAUAGUGGGAAGCCUAAUCGAAUUUUGCUGUUAUAUAAGAAAAGGAAAUGUAGGUCAGAGUGGCCAGGACACAUAUUGUUACAGGACCAUGUACCAAGGGAGAUAUAUAUAUGAGUACGUGAAAUUCAUCUUGUACCUACAGGAUUCUUAUGAUGAGUCAUUUGUAUUUUUUGGAAACUUCGGUCCUAAUAGCAGAAAGAUUUGGUCUUCUGCUCCAAGGCUGUUAUGGGAGGAAAAGUACUAUGUUGUGGGAAACAUUUCUGUUCUACGUACGCCGGAUGAGACAGCACAACCAGUUAACAUUCAAACAAAUGCUGUAGAUGAUGAUUCUGAUGAUGACAGUACUUUACAACACCAUAGGCUUCGAAAACGCCACCGUAGGAACAAAAUGCAAACAGAUGCUCAGGCUGAAGCUGUGAAUGUGGAGGAAUGUCCUGAAGCAGGCACAGAAGUUGAGAUUGUAGAAGUUCAAGCAGCCACUCAGCGAAUGCCAUUUGACUUAAUUCAGGUCCUGACACCCUCUCACUCAAGCAUAACCCCAGAAUUAAGUGCAGCCACAAGCAUAAGUGCUGGCAUGAGGACAAGCACAAGUUCUUCAUCUACAGAUAUUUCAUCAACAACACCAGUAUCAACCUCUACAUCUAGACAGGGGUAUGAGAUAGAUCCAAAAUAUAUGCUAGAGCCCCAAGACAGAGAAUUUGAAGUAGGUCCAGAGUUCCUCCUAAAUGACAGCCAAGACACAGAGGCCACUCCAGAACAAGGAGAAUGCACUGAAGAGGAUGUGAAGAAACCCUUGGUAGAGGCAAAGCUAUCCAAUCCUAAGGAACAUGUAAUUGAUGAAUAUUCUGCAUGUCAUGAUGCUUCUUCAGAUGAUGAUUUCUGUAUAAUAACAGAAGAUACUGAACACAAGAAAGACCCUAAGUUUCAAGAAGUCGUUGUGGGUCAAGAACAAGGACAUCAGAAGCCAAAGAGAACAUAUCAAUACCAUCAUCCACUUUUUGGGGAAAAGUUUGCCCAACUCUGUGGCCCACGAGUGAAGAUGACAGAGGUCUAUGAUUUGAAUAUAAGUAGAUCCUUCUAUGGUGAACAACCUUCUUACCCAGAUAUUGAAGAGGAGCAUAGGGAACAAGAACAAUGUGAAUAUGAAUUCUCCCAGUGUACUGGAAUGCUUCGAAACUUAAAAUAUGAACGGCCUGGGCAGCAACAUACUGGGCAAGGACAAGGACCUCGUGUAUAUCAUCCAGGAGAACAGGUGGUGACUGUUAUAGAUGACAUGGGGUCACCCACCAUGGAAUUUUUUGGAAAUGACAAUUCUCAGCAUUCACGAAAUGAGACACAUAGACAUUGGGAGGAUCCUAUUGAUUGUGCCCCUCCACCUCUGCAUCAUUCAUCAAGAUCAUUCCAAGAAAUGACUGGAUCACAUCAAACAUUGGCAGCCUCAUUUCAAGCAUCAUUACUGUCAUGUCAAGCAUCAUUAGUGUCAUGUCCAGCAUCUUUACCAUCAUGUUCAGCAUCUGCACCAUCAUGUAUAGUACCUGUACCGAUACAUAAAGAAUCUGUACCAAUAUGUCAAGUUUCUGCACCAAUAAGUGUAGCAUAUGCACCAUUAAUCCAAGUGUAUGCAUCAACACGUCAACCAUCUGCACAGUUAUGUCAAGCAUUGGCAGCUUCACGUCAGGCAUCUGGACUGUUAUGUCAAACAUCUGUAGUGACACAUCAAGUAUCUGCACCUCGAUGUCAAUCAUUGGCAGUGUCACAUCAAGCAUCUGCACCAUCACGUCAAGCAUCAGUGGUGUCACAACAAGUAUUGGCAGAAUCAUAUCACCAAUCAGCAAUGUCACCUCAUGUUUCUUUUGACCACCGAAAAGAGAAAAUUCCACGCUUUCUGCCCCCUGGACAAGAUCACUCUGGUUCCAUUCAGGCUGAAUAGGACACUAAUCCUCACCCAUGAGCGGAAGAUGAGGCUGAAGACAGACCUCCACUGUCUGCAUGGCAAAGGGCCAUACAAAAUGGGAGAGUCCCUUGAUGGGAGAGGGUGGGUGGGUCAUACUGCUUUACUUGCAAAUUAAGUUUGUAGUUAUUCUUAAGCAUAGUCAGUUUAUUGUAAAUAUUGCUGCAGAAGUUGACUGUUAGAUCCUACUUGGUGGGUGAUAAUAGGUGAUCCCUGGCCCCUGCUUUUUUAACACCACUUUGUGUAUAUUUAUAUCCAGAUGUGCUUUUGUUGUGGCAUGAGCAGUGUGUCAGGGUCCUACAUAUUUUUCUUGAUGAAAUUUAAAAUACCAUAGAAUUGCAAGACAGGGGGGAAACCUGUUCUAUCAUGUAGUUUUCCCAAAUUCUGAGGCCUUGUUUAUUUUUUUUUUUAUUUCUAUCUCUUUUCUGUAGCCCGGUGCUAUUUGAUAUCCUAUGUUAAAUGGUUACCCAAUUGUGAGCAAGUAAUAUCUGUUCAAAAUAGUAUACAUAUUUACUUAAUAAACGCUAUGCUCGACUAC